AUGGGGAGAGUGAAGCUUCAGAUAAAGAGGAUAGAGAACACAACAAAUAGGCAGGUCACUUUCUCUAAGAGGAGAAACGGACUGAUCAAGAAAGCAUACGAGCUUUCUGUUUUAUGCGAUGUUGAUGUGGCUCUCCUCAUGUUUUCCCCUUCUGGAAGACUCACUGUCUUCUCUGGCAACAAUAAAAGCAUUGAAGAUGUUCUUGCCCGUUACGUUAAUCUUCCGGAGCAUGAGCGAGGACGGCUACCUAAGCAAGAGUUUCUACAAAGAGCUCUUAGUAAGAUGAUGAUGACUCAAUCCGACUCUACGAAAAAUCGAGUAUCCAGCAGUGGUACUUCUGUAAACACCAAUUUGCAACUCGAGGAAUUUCAGCAACAAAUCCUCAAAUACAAGUCUCGAAUUGAAGAUUUGGAGAAACAACUGAGCAUAUUGGAGGGCGAUGCUUCUCGAAUCAAAACAUUGCGCGAGGCUGAUCACUUGGAGCAGAGACUCCAAGAGACUCUAAAACAUGUGUGCAAGCGCAAGAAAGUUCUGGAGAAAAAGUACAACUCACCUAUAGCUCAUUUACCAUCAACAUCCCAGGCACAUAUUACAACAGAGGCUGCAAAAGCAAGUGGGUUCGUUACAGAAAGUCCAAACAAAAUAUUGGAUUGGCCACCCCAAAGAGAUCCACAAGUCCAAAUCUUAAAUUUUUUGGAUUGCAAUGGCCUCCUAUUAAGGUGUGUUUUCCAUUUCAUGUGGUAA